UCUUCACUUUUUAUCUUACUUGAAGUUGAAGAUUUAACAACGGACUUUUUAGAGUCUGUAUAUGCAACUUUUCUCGACUUCUUCAUCUUGGCAGAAUCGUUUUGGUAUUUCGAUCUAUUUUCUCUAAAUUUCGGAUCAAACUCCAUUACUAUGCUUAUAUUUUGAGAAUUACACACAUACGAUAAAUAACUCGUAGAUUUUUUAUUUAGUAAAGUUGAAAAAAUUAAGAAAUUAAAUUAAACUCAAAUAUUAAUUAAAGAAAAUGAUGAUGCUCAACAACUUGGUAAGAUAAGAUUUGUAAAUUCAAAUUUUGAAAUCUCUUAAUUAUGUUGCUUGCAUAAAUUAUGAAAGCGUGAUAUGUACGGAGGUUGGAGAAAGAAAAAUUAAAAAAUUAGAUAUUUGUAAUUAAUUUUAAUAAAUGGAUUUUAUGUAAUAAUAAAAAGUUAAAAAGAGGUGUAUUUAUGUAAAUUUUUUAUGUUAAAUCCCAGAGCCGAAGAUCCAAAUGACAGUAAAAUUGCCUCUCCAAAUUCCUUUAACAAAUUUCUUCCUUUCUUCUUCUUCUACCAAAUUCUUCCAACACCAUAAGUUCAUCUGGAUGGCGAGCCAAAGCUACUUCGAUUAUCCGACAGCAGCAAGUACAGAUUAUCCAGUACCAUUAUCUCCGCCAUUGCCGGAGUUAUCUAAGGAAAUUGAGCCGCAUAGAGCCUUAACGGCUUCUUCUAAAUCAGCUCUUUUUACUCUUGAAAGAAGUCAUGUUAUCUUCGAAGAUGAAUGGCUUAUUGCGGUUAACAAGCCUCAAGGAAUUUACUGUGAGAGUAUUUUGUCUUCGCUUCCCGAUUUACUCAAUGACUCUGGGGAUAAAGUUUCCGAGCUUCAUUUAGCUAAUAGACUUGAUCGUGAUACAAGUGGUGUGAUGUUGAUUACUAAGUUACACAAAGUAGCAGCUAAGUUUGUAAAAGCAUUUACAGAUCAUAAGGUGCGGAAAACAUACCUGGCUUUCUGUGUAGGGAUUGCUCCAAAAUGGGAAAAAAUAACUAUAAAAUCAGGUCAUGGACGGUCAAAAUAUGGAGCUUGGCGUGUUUAUGCUGCAUCGGAUGCGGGCAGAAAACUGCCAGGCGGAUCACUAGUUAAAGACAUGGAGACCUCUUUUGAAGUAUUAUCAGUGAACGGUCUUGAGUGUUUUAAACAGGUUUCUGACUUACAAAAAGAUGAAGCUGUAGUCGUAGUUCAAGAGCAAUCAGUCAUUGGUUGUGACUUGAAAAAAGAUGAGAUUUUGGUCAGGGCAAGCCCUCGGAGUGGAAGAACACACCAAAUUCGCUUGCAUUGCCAAUAUCUUGGAAUUCCUAUACGAGGAGAUGUAAGAUAUGAAGGUGUGUAUGAGUGGAAGGGAAGCAAAUAUGAUGGCCAUGAUCUUCAUGCAGAAAGUUUAUCGUUUGAUCAUCCUGUUACUGGGAAACCGAUCCUGCUUCAGGCACCUCUCCCUUCCUGGGCUAUUCAACCUUUAAGGUCUCAGAUCAAGUAAUGAUUGAGCUGGCAGUUUUGAUAGCACUCUGAGCUCUCUCAAGUAAAUGAGAGAGAGAGAGAGAGAGAGAGAGAGUGUAUCAUUGCAUGACACCUUGUUAAAAGGCAGUAGAGGAGCACGAGAGAGUGAGAAAUUAUCAUUGCACAACACCUUUAAAGUUGCUGACGAUAUGCUAUUUAUGUGACUUUGGACUCGAGAGAAAUACACUUGUUAUUUGUAGACUAUCUACUGUUUAGGACUUUAUUUGGCAAUAUCUGCAAUUAAAUUGGAAUAUAUUGUUUAGAUGAACUUAAAUUCUGUGGAGCUUCUAGGGAGAUGUUCUCAUUGACCUUUUUAGUGACCUUAAAGGCAAUUGCAGUACACUGGCAAGUUGUUCAAUGAGGGAGGGCGUUCCGGAAAAGCAGCUGCAGGCUGCAGCACCGAAAAGGAUUUCCAUUCUGAUGUUAUUGACAUCUCAGUCAUUGCACUUUAUGCUAACCUGCAAGUUGUUCAACGAGGGAGGGGGUGGCAAAAAGGAGCUGCACGCUGCAACACCCAAAAGGAUUUCCAUUCAUAUGUUUAUUGACAUCUCAGUCAUGCCCUUAUGCUAAUUGUCAGGCUGAACAUUGCAGUUCACGUCAACAACAGUUGUAUCUUGUCUAUUAUGGUGCAUUUCAAAGAGGAGUUUCUUGUUAUUAGUGUUUGAUAUGUCUCCUCUGUUGGGUAACGUGGCUAUGUGCAUAAGAUUUUUAUGGUCCUGGAGCUUCCUUGCUCUCAUUUAACAUGUUGUGUUAGUUUGUGCUCCAGAGAGAUAUGACUAAUUCCUAUUACUCAUUUAUAUGUUAGAUAAAUUUUGUUUCUUCUUUGUUCAUCUUGAAACAACUAAGCAAUACCACGUUUGUCGAUAAGUUUUGAUUGUUUUGGUUCCCUAGAAGGUUUCCAUGGAUAGAGAAGUGAAAUAUAUCAGCAAUCAGUUUUGUGCCGAA